CCUCCGUGAAUGACUCGACGGAGGAAAAUCGACCGGACGUCGCCGCGACUCUAAGCGGUUUGUUCGCCGGACUUCCGACCUUGGCGGGUCCCCAACGACUUGCCAAUUCCCUCAGGCAGAGAUUUGCUAACAAUUCUGGUUACCCCCGGCCCGGCCUGAUGCGCAUCGUCCCAAUCGCGACGAUCUCCUCGUCACGCUCGCUCGCAAGGUCGCACAUGCUGAUCGCGAUUAGUUCCUCUCGUUAGUUCUACUAUCAUCACUAAGGUCCACCGAAGAAUUCUGGAUACUGCUUGUUCCGGCAAAUCAGCUACAGGAUGACGACGUUACCGAUAAUCAACAUGGAGAUUGGCGAGCUGAAAGAGAUCGUUUGGACGAAGCUACAAGAGCCAAAAGCGCAACGUAAGCUCGUCCUGGUGAUCGUAUCGGUGGCGUUACUGCUCGACAACAUGCUGUAUAUGGUGAUCGUACCGAUAAUACCACAUUAUUUAAAAUACGUCAAUACGUAUGGGGAAGAAGACGAACAAGGCAAUGAAACCGUUCCUACAUCGCAUCAUGGACAAGACUCGGCAACGGGAGUGUUAUUCGCGUCUAAAGCGAUCGUACAGCUGAUGGUGAAUCCGUUUUCGGGUGCGCUAAUCGAUAGAAUCGGUUAUGAUAUUCCAAUGAUGAUAGGCUUGUGCAUCAUGUUCCUAUCGACGGCCGUAUUCGCUUGCGGCAAGAGCUAUGGUGUAUUGUUCUUUGCUAGAAGUCUUCAAGGAGUGGGUUCAGCUUUUGCGGACACUUCUGGUCUUGCUAUGAUAGCCGAUCGCUUCACUGAAGAAUCAGAACGUUCAAAGGCUCUUGGAAUAGCUUUGGCCUUCAUAAGUUUUGGCUGUUUGGUAGCUCCGCCAUUUGGUGGUGCUUUGUAUCAAUUCGCUGGUAAGGAGAUGCCUUUCUUGAUAUUGGCUUUCGUCAGCUUGGCCGAUGGUUUUAUGUUACUGCUAGUAAUGAAACCUAUGAAGGAACAAUUGAAAGAAAGACAUCGCGAACAUACACCGACGAUACCAAUCUGGCGACUUUUAAUGGAUCCCUAUAUCGCUGUAUGUGCUGGUGCUCUCAUGAUGUCGAACGUAGCGUUGGCCUUUUUGGAACCAACCAUCUCACUUUGGAUGGAAGAUCACAAUAUAACUCACGAUUAUUGGAAGAUGGGUAUGAUCUGGCUACCAGCAUUCUUCCCUCAUGUCUUCGGCGUCAUAAUUACCGUCAAAAUGGCCAAACAGUAUCCUCAACAUACAUGGUUAAUGGCAGCCGGUGGUCUUGCUCUGGAAGGUCUCUGUUGCUUCAUCAUUCCAUUCUCGACCUCGUACAAGGCCUUAAUGAUUCCAAUUUGUGGAAUCUGUUUUGGCAUUGCUCUUAUCGACACUGCUCUUUUACCGACGCUUGGAUAUCUCGUGGACGUCAGAUAUGUGUCAGUUUACGGUAGUAUCUAUGCCAUUGCAGACAUUUCCUAUAGCAUUGCGUAUGCAGUUGGUCCUAUAAUAGCCGGUGGUGUAGUUGAAGCGAUCGGUUUUACGGCUCUUAAUAUUGGCAUAGCCUUUUCAAAUCUCCUUUACGCACCUGUUCUUUAUUAUCUCCGACAUAUUUACGAUUUCAAGCCAUUCCAAGAUGAAGCUAAUGUAUUAAUGCAAGAUCCACCUGACAAAGAAUAUCAAACUUAUGUACUUCAAGAGCAAAGACCGAUAUCCGGUGAGCUUGGUAAUCAUUUAAAUCAAACUCGAAUGGAAACGGACGUCGAUCAAAAUUAUGAUCCAAAUUAUCAGACUAUGCAAACUACAGGAUAUGAUCAAAGUGGAUACGGUCAAAAUAUCGGAGCUCCUGCUUAUAAUCAAGCUAGUGGUUACGAGCAACAAGCUCCUACGUAUGACCAACAACAAACACCUUUAAAUUAUGCACAACCAGUUGGAUAUAUACAACAACCGCAACAACAACAACCAUCAGUACUACAACAACAACAACAACAACCUUAUACACAACAGGAGAUGCAAGAGCAACGGGGAUCGCAAAUGGAUGUGAAUCCGUUCAGAAGAGUUCCUCCUGAUGUAAUCGAACAGCAAAGACCAGCCGGUGACAGCAAUCCUUUUAGGCAAGGAUUGUAUUAGUCAUACAUCAUCAAUGAUAAAAAAAAAAAAGAAGGAAGAAUAGCACAUUCGGGAUAAUUUAUGAUCCUGAUCGACAUCGAGUGUUCGAGACUAGUCUUCGAAAGACAUAGGCUUCCAGUUAUGAACAAAGAAGAAGAAAAUGAUGUCUCGUAAGGCAUGAUAGGACACUAUCUAUUCAUUUUAUAAUCAAUUCAAAUCCCAUUGGUAUACCCUACGCGUUUUUUCGACUUUCAGUGCUUCAUACAUAUAUAUUCCUCGAUAAAAGAAGAAAUUUAUAUAACACACAACGAAUCUCUCAACGUUAUCACACAAUCGAACUAAUAAUAUCUUUAUAACAAUCUAUUGCUUGAAAAUUCCAUAAUAGAGAAAAAAAAUUAUAAUCAGGCCAGUGAAAUCAAAUACCUUACAUCUAUAAUUCGCUUAUCUAAUGAAUUCGAUAUAAAUCUAUUUGCUAAAAAAUACCGUUGGCCUGUAAUACAUACAUCCAAAAGAGGAUCAACAUUAAUCACGGGAUAUACUAUUAAAAUAUACCAGAAAAAGAGAAAGAGAGAGAGAGAGAGAGAGAGAGAGAGAGAGAGAGAGAGAGAGAGAGAGAGAGAGAAAGGUAUCAGGAGCUAGUAUUUUACGUUUUCGAGUUUCACCUAUAAAACAUACAAUUAGCAGGAUACGAAGGAGGCAAGAUUAACGUUCCUGUAAGUGUAAUUUGACUAAUUAUCAAACCACCACCAGGGAACUGUUAGUUAUGAAGGAUUGGCAAAACGAUUAUGGAUAGAAGAAUCGCUUAAAGAAAAGAUGGUGCUAAGAAUCGCAGUAUAUCGAGACAAGCAUAAUUACGUAGAGAGAAAGAAUACAUGAGAAUGAACGAAAGAGAGAGAGAGAGAGAGAGAGAGAGAGAGAGAGAGAGAGAGAGAGAGAGAGUGAUAUCAAUUACCUCUACAAAGUGUGAAUGAAUAGAAAGAGAAGGAGAGAUAUCCGCGUAUGAAGGCUUCCACUCAGCAAGGACCUUCUUUCACGGAUUGCCAUUGGCAAGUUUUCCGUUUUUAUUGUUUCUUUGAAAACAUUUUCAUUGCUGAAUCGAAAUACCAUAUCAUUAAUUAAGACAUCAAAGAGAGAUCUAGAUAUAUAAGGCUUUAAUAUUAGGUAAUUUAAUUCUAUAGGAAAAGAGAUGCAAUUUCGAAAAAAUGUCUCUAUUAUUCAAAUGUUCAUCAGUGAUUAAGUACCUAUAGGGUUAACUAACGUAAUCACGUUAAGCCCUUUAAGUUACUUUUACAUUAAAGAGAAGGUGCAAUAUUAGAAAAAAACAUAUCUGUAUUAUUAUCAUCAAUUUAAUUUCCAUAUCGAGUGUCCCAAAUUCGAAUCAUAUUCAUUUAGGUAACACUUAAAAUUAGACGUAUGUACGACGUCUCUAUAUAUGUAUGUAUAUACAUGUUAAAUAUUUAUAUAUAUAUAUAUAUAUAUAUAUAUAUAUAUAUAUAUAUAUAAACAUAUAUAUAUCAUAUUAGCCGAUAAACUCGUGCGGGAAACUUUGUAAUAAAAUAUAUCUUCGUUAAACGAAGAUAGAAAGUAAAUAUAUGUACGUUUGAAAAUAUCUAAUUCGUUUUAUAUCAACGUUUGAAUGAAAAAUUCAAUUAUUAUCAAAAUUAGAAAAAAAUGUAUGCGUUAGGAAAAUGCCAGCUGGAUUUAUUUGUUUUCUCAAUAUACUUCGUAUACAUACAUAUCUCUCAAUCGUAUUUAUUUAUUUAUUUGAUACGAAUUUGAUCAUUGAUUUCAAGUUUCACGAACGAGUUCGAGGCACGUUCGUACCUACUCGUCAAUAUUCAAUGGCGUAUCGCGAGGAACAAUUAAAUCAAUUAUUAGCACGAUUGCGAUUGAGACACUAAAUUUGGUGUAUAUUCAUCGUGAUAAAGAGGCCGUGUUAUUUUCAAACUUCUAUCAUUUCUAAUAAUCUUAUUCUCAUCACGUUGUUCCUUAUUAUCUCAAUUAAUUAAAUCCCAAAAUAUUUAUUUAUAAAGCCCGAUUUAUAACUAAUCCGAAAUUUCAAAAUUUUUUAAAUAUAAAUAUUACGAAAAUUAUAUAUUAUUACAACUUUUUACUCGUCACGGCCUUGAUAAUCGUCAUGAGUGCUUUGAGUUUACAGUGCCUGAACUUAACAAUUUUUAAAUCCCCAUGUAACGCGAAACUUAUAACGUAUGUAUACCUCCAAAUUCAAAAAAUUGUGUAUUUAAAUUUAAUUAACAAACAAACAAGAAAGAUAUAAAAAACGAAAAAGUACGUAGAUACAACCCUAAAUAAUAUAUAUAUAUAUAUAUAUAUAUAUAUAUAUAUAUAUAUAUAUUAUAAAUAAUACAGCAUACAUAUUAUAUACAUGUAACGUGAGUACAUCCACGAAGAUAUUCUACUCGUUAUGGUCGUUUGGAUAAUCGCAUCGUAUCAUUUUUACGAGCUGGCCUCUAAUAAUAAAAUGAACAAAACAAAAGCAAGACAAAAAAGGAAAAAAAAAAAAAGAAAAAUAAAAAAAUAACAAAAUAAAAUAAUCUUUGGAAUAGCCGAUAGUUAACGUCAUUAAUAUGAUCGAUGAAUUAAUUAAUUACUUAUUGCAAUGAGAUCAGACGAAUCAUCCUACGAUCACUAUGACAUAUCUGAGAGAAAAUAAUAACAAGAUAAAUGGAUUACUUGUUUAGAAAUAGGGCCGUUGACUUCGCGUUUUCUCUAAGUACUUAAAAAAAAAAAAAAAAAGCAACAAAAAACAACAAAAAACGAAAUAAAAAAACGAAUAAAACAAAACUAAUAAUAAUAAAAAAAAAAAAAAAAUAAUAAAAAAUGAAAAUAAAAUAAAAAUAUACGAAAAGAAGCCGAGAAAAUAUUAUGAAAGAAAGAUUCUACUUCUGCUAGAGUCACAAACAAUUUGUAAUAAAUUUAUAUAUAUAUAUAUAUAUAUACAUAUAUAUAUAUAUAUAUACAUAUAUACACAUAUUAUAUCAUGUACUAACGCGCUUUCGAUGUGACGUACGAUCACGAUGAUCAUCAACGUUAGCUAAAAAAAUCGUUUUUUAUUUUCUCUCUUAUUUUUACUCAUUUAAAAAAAUCUACUUUCAAUUAGAUGAGAGAAUGCCUAUCUUGGCCGUCUAUCUGGUAAUCAUAAGCCGAAAGCAUACGUUUUCGUUUCGUCGUUAAUGAUAACAAAUAAAGAAACAAACAAAGAAACAAAAAAAAAUAAAUAAAUAAAUAAAUAAAUAAAUAUGACAAUUGUUCGGGAUCGAACAAUCGAUGCAUAUCGUAUAUUAUUAUGAAGUUAUCCGUAGCUUCUCUUUUAUCUCUUGUAAAUAUAAUAUACAUAUACAUAUACAUAUACAUAUACAUAUACAUAUACAUAUACAUAUACAUAUAUAUAUAUAUAUAUACACUAUAAUAUCGAGACACGUUAUAUCGUAAAUGCGCGUGUAGUUGAGAUAUACGAAAAAAAGGACACGAGAAGAAGAAAUAAUGAGAUGAAAGAGAAAUAAAUAAAUAAAUAAAUAAAUAAAUAUAAAUAAAAAGGAUCUCGCGUACUACAUACUUUGCCUACUUGUAUAAAUAUAGUUCAAGCAUAUAACAUUUUCAUGGGUAUUCAUGAAAAAAUUCGAAUAUGCACGGUUCUUUUUUUUUUUUCUUCUUCUUCUUUUUAACAGCUUGUUAAUUUUUAAACUCUAUCGAUGUUUAAAUCCCGUUAAAAAAAUAUAUGCUUGUUGAAUUAUUUCGAGAUUUUUGUUUUCUCAUUUUUUUUUUUUUUUUUUUUGCUUUCGAGUUUAUCGAUAAAUCGUUUUAUUAAUUCGUGAUUAGAUCAUGACGAUCUAACGAAUGAUAUCAUUCGACAUUUUAAACUUUUGUUCAAAAAAAAAAAAAAAAAGGAAAAAAAAAAACAAGAAAAAAAAGGAAAAAAAAAAGAAAGAAAGAAAAAAAAAAAAAAAAAAAAAAAAGAGAGAAAAAAGAAAAGAAAAAGAAAAAUAAGAAAAAUGCGCAGGAGUUCAAUCGGACAAACGCGUAACUAUAUAAUCCGUAUAAAAGAAGCAAGUAUACGUACAUACGUUAAUAAAGAAAAUCGAACGAUCAUUCCAAGAUUAUCGUAGACGUAGUGAUUGCAGAAAAAAUAAUAAAAAAAUAAAAAAAAAAAAAAAAAGAAAAAAGAAGAAGAAGAAGAAGAAGAAGGAAGAAGAAGAAAAAGGAAAGAAGACGUUCGUAUUCACUCUCCCUUAUAAUGUUACAUUCGAAAGACACGUGCCCAUAUAAUAAACACAACAAACAAACACAUCGAAUACUUAACACGUAUACAUAUAACAAUGAGAAAGACGUAAAAACAAAUACACAAGAUGUAUGCAUACACACAUUCACACACAAAUACAUAUUACAGAGGACAUGUAUGUAUGUAUAUUUAAGAACAAACCAAAUAUCGAAUUGCGUAUGUAAUUGAAACUUAUGACACUGUAAUGUUGUUGAAUUGGUUAUUAAAGAUGUCAUUGUUACCGAA